GGGAGAGAGAAAAGGAGGCACACAGAGCUCGGAGCAUGUCGCCUCCUGUUGCUGAGCCUCACUGUGGGAUCUGCUGUCGACCUUUCAGACUGAACACAUGAACGCAGAAAGCUUUUUUUACGCGUUUCCUCGCUAUGUGAAACCCGGAGGUUUGUCGGAGUGAACCAGCUCAGCGGCUGCUCUUAGUUCCGAGGGGGGGGGGGGGAAAGCACUGCUUGUCAUUGCGGGGAUAGUUUUUUUUUUUACACAACUUGGCAGAGAAGUCGCUUGCUGCUGGUGCUGGAGCUGUUUGUUUGCAGAUAAAGUGUGAAACAAGUGUCAAAAAAGAGAGCAACAGAUGUUUCUGGAGGAUAUGCGGCCGGCUGAGGAAUGAGAGCCGCAGCGAGGCACCGGCGGCCCUUCCAGCGGUUCUGCUGCUGUGGACUCGGGCUGGUGGCUGUCAUGUGGAUCGCUCAGGUCCUCCAGGCACCAGAGACGGAGUCCUCUGUGUUUGGGCCAGGCGUGAGCGGUGAGGAGCUGCGAUGGACUCGCCGGCUGAUGCAGGAGAAGUCAGACAACCAGAGCGAGGACCAGCGGGCAGCCAUCCAUGAGUUUCCAGAGGACAUUUUUACCAAGGAGCAGAGGAAGAAGGGGGCCGUUUGUCUGCAUGCUCUCUGUGCCAUCUACAUGUUCUACGCUCUGGCCCUCGUCUGCGAUGACUACUUUGUCCCGUCUCUUGAGAAAAUAUCUGAGAACCUGCAGCUUAGUGAAGAUGUGGCCGGAGCAACAUUCAUGGCUGCAGGAAGCUCUGCUCCAGAGCUGUUCACGUCUCUCAUUGGUGUUUUCAUCACCAAAGGAGACGUUGGAGUCGGGACGAUUGUUGGCUCUGCCGUCUUCAACAUCCUGGUCAUCAUUGGACUGUGUGGGAUCUUUGCGGGCCAUACAGUGGUUUUAACGUGGUGGUCUCUUUUUAGAGAUUCCACAUACUACAUCCUCUCUGUUCUGGCUCUCAUCAUGGUAAUCUAUGAUGCCACAGUUGUCUGGUGGGAGUCCUUGCUUCUCAUGACCAUGUAUGGGAUCUACAUUAUAAUCAUGAAGUUCAACUCCCAGAUUCUGGCGUUUGUGACGCUGCAGCUGAGCACCUCCGGGCCGUGCUGCUUGGGAUCAGCAGACAUCCAAAGAGAAGACAAGAUGGCAGAGGACGCCACUGCUUGCAACACGUCCAUGGUGCUCCUCAACAAAGGCCAAGUCCACAACCAAGAGGCCGCUCCAGUCAUCAUGGUGGAUGAGCUCCUCAUCCUCAACCCUCACAAACUGUCCUUCUCCGACGCCGGGCUGCGCGUCAUGAUCAGCCCUCACUUCUCCCCCCGCACCAGGCUCUCCAUGGCAGGACGCGUGCUCAUCAGUGAGAGACAGAGGCUGAUCCAGAGCUCGAAAGACGGCGAGGCCGGCCCGGUGUCGCGGGGGGGGUCGACCAGCAACAGCCUGAAGAGAUCGGGCUCCUGCGGCGUGGAGAACGGAGGCAAGACUCCCGCAAUAGGAGACGCAGAGUCAGGAGAAAAGCCGGGGGUUGAGGUGUGCCAGACAGAGGAGGAGGACGAAGAAGAUGGGAUUUUUAGUCCUGUGCGCAUACCAGGUACUUGGUGUGGGCGGGUGAAGUGGCUGAUCAAAUGGCCUCUGGGUCUCCUGCUGUACUGCACCGUGCCGAACUGCAUCCGGCCCCGCUGGCACCGCUGGUUCAUGGUCACGUUUCUGGCCUCCACCCUGUGGAUCGCCAUCUUCUCCUACCUCAUGGUGUGGAUGGUCACCAUCAUCAGCUACACACUAGACAUCCCAGACUACAUCAUGGGCAUCACCUUCCUGGCCGCGGGGACCAGCGUGCCGGACUGCAUGGCCAGUCUGAUUGUAGCUCGACAAGGCAUGGGGGACAUGGCGGUGUCUAACUCCAUAGGCAGCAAUAUCUUUGACAUCCUGCUGGGUUUGGGUUUCCCCUGGGCUCUGCGUACCCUCGUGGUGGAGCACGGAUCAUCAGUGUACAUCAAUAAUAAAGGAUUGGUGUAUUCUGUCGUGCUGCUGCUGGCAUCUGUGUUUCUGACGGUGAUGAGCGUCCACCUGAACAACUGGAGGCUGGACCGCCGGCUGGGCCUGGGUCUGCUGUUCCUCUACUCCAUCUUCCUGCUCUGCUCCAUCCUCUUCGGCCAGAUGUGAGGCCUGGGGGUCAAAGGUCGACCCUCUCAUGAUGAGUAGCUUCCUUCCUACCACACGUCCUCUUUCCCCCGAAGCCAAAAAAAGAGUGAGAGCUUCGUUGUGUUCCUCGUGAGAGUAUCCGUGCACGUCUUUAGGACUCGGUCAAUACUUUCCACCUGCAUCCACACAAACGCUCAGUGAAGUCUUCUAUCAAUAGCACAAUUUUCUCCUUUUUGUACAGCGCAGUGUUGAAAACAAUCUCUUAAGCAUCACAUAUGGUGACCAAGGAAAAUAUUUAAUGACAUAGCAGAUGGCUUGUUGGGCCUUUUAAUAACAAUAUGAAACAGGAAGUGGAAUGGCUCACAAAUAUCUGUAUGAUAAAUAGAAUCCAUAACUAUAUUAAAUAUUAUGUAACAAUGAUUAUGUUUUAAUACAUCACAAUGCCUUGUCUAAUAAGAUGAUUUAUUUCAGGAGGGAUCACUUCCUGCUAAGUUAACAUACCAGCUAACUAGUUUAAACUAUUUAAUUUGACUAAUGAUGCGUCUUCACAAUUUUAAUAAAGCAAUAAUCCAUUAAAAGUUUAGGUUUACAGUGAUUUGGAAACGACUGUUGCUUCCUGUUUUCAUUUGUUCAAUGUUAUUAUUUAUAUUUUCAGUGUUUGUGCUCUGACAGCCGAGCAGAUGCAUUACAGAGUGAUUAGUGAGGGGAUGUCCUCGACAACAAAGCAAUCAAAAGUUAUUUAUGAUAGAGAGUAUAUGCACAUAUAAUCAGUUUAUGCUGGUGAGGAGUGUUCACUAGUGUCUCAGCAAUCAAACUGUUUGAGCAGGAGAGGUUUCAGAGGAGAUUUACUAGCGAAAAUAUAGAUAAAAAUCCUACUAGUUUAUAUUUCUGAACAAAUUGUUUUAUCAAUUUAAUCUGGGGACCAGGAUGUGCUGAAGGAUAAAGUUGGCUCCGGUGAAAAAAAUACUAUAUUUAUUGGAUGAAAUAAAAAGUACCUGAAGGAAUUUAUAUAUACAAAUAUUAAUAUAUACUUGACAUGGUUUUAGUGGCCACUGUGUACACUUUGCAUUAAUGGUUGAAACCUGCAGAUUGUACAGAUGUUAAAAAGAUACUUUAAUCUGCCACGUUAUGCCUGGACCUACCGUUCAAGAUUAAAAAAAGUAUAUCAGAUUAAUAUCGUCCGUCGGCCUUGGGUGUGAACACCCUGUAUGUAUUUGAAUGUAAAACCUUGCUGACUUUACCAUUAGUGUGGAAAUAUUUACAUGCAUUCAAAUGUAGCAGACGGCACUAAAUCACAGCCUCUGAACAGAGAGCUUCUCUAGUCCGACUGUAGAGGACAUGAUGUGUGUGUCAGUAGAAAUUUAACAUGAAAAUGCACAUUGUUUUUGCCUAACUACUUAUAAGCAAGUAUUGGUGCAUCUUAAUGUACGUAAAGAGAUUAACCUAGUGUUACAGUAUUUUUAGAAGUCUUAUUAUUAUGAAAUCUUAAAAAUAAUGUUCUUCUAUGAGUGUCACAUACUUUGAUGACUCUGAGUGCAGGUUAGUAAAACUUCACGUUUAGGUACGACAAUCGAUGUUUGUAUUGUUUCUUGUACAUUUUAUGCGAAGAUUUCACUUUGGUGGGACAUUUUCACUCAGAUGAGGACAGAAACAGCACUGUGUGUGUGUGUGUGUGUGUGUGUGUGUGU